GUUGCACAAUAGGUUUUGAUAAGUGUGAUGUCAGCAGUGGGGUUCUUUAAAAGAAAAAGUUUUGCCAAAUUAUACACAAACACUAUCAACAGCCGGACAAGACAGUUUAUUUAAGAACCAUCUGCAGUUUUACUGUUUAUACGCUGAUGCAUUAAUCUCUUGGUCAGAAAUUUCACAACAAUGAAAUUCACCGUAGCAGUCUUUUUUUGUCUCACAUGCAUGACACUGCUGUUCACAACAGAAGUCAUCUCAGCCAGACUACAGCUACGCUGCCAGUGUGCUAAGAUGUAUUCGGGAAAACCAAUUAACCCUAAACUAAUACAGCAAUUAAAAACGAUCCCUGCUGGAGUACAGUGCAAAAACGAUGAGAUCAUUGCCACUCUGAAAAAUGGACAGACAUGCCUCAAUCCCGAAGAUGAAUGGGUGAAAAAGAUCAUUGAAGAGUAAUUUCCCAUCUGUGUUUGCAUGCAGAAGUUUAUGUUUUUUAUUACGGUAUGUUGCAGCACAGAUUUUCUUCUGCAUAUUUCUGCAGACCUGUGAAAUGCUUUCGUUAAAUGAAAAUAUGUCCUCAUUGCAAAACUCUUUGGAUGCAGGUGGCUUGCUCACCAGGGAAACAUGUUCUGACGAAACAAAUGUAAAAUUUGCAUGGCAGAAAAUGUCUUGUCCUUUUGGCUCAAAGUAACAUUUCUGACUAACACUUUUUUUGUAAUGUAGGAAAAAAAUAUAUAUAUAUAUAAAUUGUCAUCUUUUUUUGUCCACUUCAAUACAUAAGAUACAACUUGUUUCAUACAUUAUUAUAUUCAAAAUACUUUAAAUGACUUCAUUUUAGAUUUAAACAUGCAACAUGACUGAUUUGUUUUAUUUUCUUGCUAUAAUAAAUCUCUGAAAAUUGCAUUAGGUCAUAUGGGUUUAGUGACAUGAGUAAAUGAUCACACUGUUUAUUCUGUGGUAAACUAUAACUUAAAUGUGUAAAAAAAAAAAACACUUCUUGUAACUCUGUACCAGGUUCCAAAUCAAAUGCUUAUAAAUCACAUAUAAUUGCAAGUAUAUAAUAAAUGCACAUGUGCUGUAA